CAGCGGUCGAUGUAAUCUUGGAGAGCGUCUAAACUCUCCCCGUUGUCCUCCAGGGUGUUAGAGAUGGUAAAACAGAUGUUGUUAGUUAUAUGACAAUUGAUUAGUAUAUUUGGUAAUACUGAAGCUUGAAAAACCUUUGUUAAAUUCUACGCUACCAUUUGCUUUUUCUCCGCCAAAAUCUCCGCUGACCCUGAAUUGGGACACAGCCUCAGAGUGUCUGUGUUUCGUGAGCUGAGUAGUUUCCAUUUUAAACUUAAUUUCAGUUGUGUUGUAUCUUCUGUUUUUGGGAGAGCUCAGCAAUAAGGAAGCCCCAAACGCAAUUUCAUUGUUCUUGACAAUGACAAUAAAAUAAAUACUAUACUAUACUAUACAAUAAAGCCGUUUUUGGACUUAACUUUGUGCUUUUGGAGUCCUGCGUUUGGGUCCUAACCUGCCUGCCACACAGCAGAUUGUGACAGUUACAGCUGUCUCAUGCUGCCACAAAAUGCCAUUAGUUUUCAAAUAUGUCUGACUGCUCUGACUUUUUGUUCAUCGAUUUAUUUAUUUUUUUGAUGAACAAAUCAUUUCUUGAAAAAGUCUUGAUUUUAUUUUGACAAAAAACAUACACAACAGUUCAAUAAUACAAUAUCUGGUUAUGUUUAAUGCUCUACAGUAAAAUAUAUUCUUAACAGCCAUACACAGCAUUACACCAAACAGUCAUAUGUAUGUUUUACAACCAGAAACAAAUGAAUCAUGAUGCAUUAAGCCAUACUGAUGAAAUAGUGGAAUCGGGUAGUAACAACAGAGCAGAGGAAUCAGAGGCCUGGCUGUGUGUUAGCUUAACUGGGUUCAAAGGUCAGUACUCAGGCACACACUUAAUCUUCUUGGGUCCUUAACACAGUACCUGCUUGCAAAACAGGUGAGUUAAUGCCAAGACAACUUCCAAGUGUGCCUUGCCAGGAGGGCAGAGAGGUACUGACGAGGACCCAGCCCUGAAAUGAAGAAGCAAAAGAGGGAGAGACAGAAAAGGCAGGUCAGAGCAGGGGUGUCAAACAUAUGGCCCGCGAGCCGGAUUAGGCCCACAAACAGGAUUUUUUUUGUUUUUUAAAAAAAGGUAUUAUCCAGCCCGUGAGAUAAUCUUGUAAAGUUUAAAUUUGGGAAUAGAUUUUCCUCCAUGUGGCCCCUGAGCUAAAAUGAGUUUGACACCUCUUGCAUAGAGGAACCAGCGACCAUGACAAAAACUGACUCAACUGACAAACCUCAACUUAAGAAAGAAAGACAGCACAGCAGGAAGCUGUGUGCUUAAAACUACAGAAGUUGUCAAAAACAGAAGAAAGCUAGAUAAGGAAGUUAUGGAUUAGUUCGGUAUUUUCUCACUAUAUGCCUUUGCCAUACCACAGCAAAAUAAGUUUGUUCUUAAAUACGAAUCUGACAUGGAUUGUGAAAAUGGAGCUGAUACUUCGACCAGUAAAAGAAAACUCUGCAGACUGGUUGCUUUGAGCUUUGCACUUCUGUGUAUUCUUCAAGCUACACUCAACAUUUCACUGCGGCUGGCUUUUUACAGUUCUGAUACAACAACAACACCAGAUUGUGAGGCCAUUAUUAAAAACUUGACUAAAGAAGAAGACAUUAAAAUGAAUGAAUUAGCUUGCUAUAUCCAACAAGGAUGGAUAUACUUCAAACACAGUUUAUAUUACGUUUCAUCUACUAAAAACACCUGGAAUGACAGCAGAGAGGACUGUCUGCAGAGAGGGGCAGACUUGGUGAUUAUCAACAGCAGAGAGGAACAGAACUUCAUAAGAGAGUUUAAAAAACGGACAUGGAUUGGACUGACUGACACCGAAAAAGAACAGACAUGGAAAUGGGUGGAUGGGACUACACCUACCAUCAGUUUCAGAUGGCACAAUGGAGAGCUCAACAGCUACAAUGGCCCAGAUGAAGACUUUGGAGAAAUGAAGAUCGUUAAAGAUGAAAACAAAUGGAAAAAACUUAUGGAUCUGUGAAAAGAUUGUGGAUCUGUAAUUGGCUGUCGCACUAGUAUUUUAAGCCACAGGGAAAACGGCUUAUCAUUAUGCAUGCAAGUUCAAACACACAUGGACUUAAACCUUUAUUAAUGCACAACUAAUAACAGAAAAUAUGUUGCUUUGCCACAUGUUUCCUGUUUUUGUGAACAUCUCCCUUCACAGCAACCAACAAGAGUUAGCAGCACUGUGAAAUUUCUUUUACAAAGAAGGACAAAUCAGGGACUUUGCUGUGUAUUAAUAAAUUACUGCAACAGUGAAAACUGCUCAAGUGUGUAAAAAGAAAACUUCUGACUAUGUAAAAGUAACAGUCAGCAAAUAUCCGACUGAACUUUAUUUCUCUGUAAGACAGUAUUAGCGUACUACUACCUACUAAAUAAUAACAAUUGUAACAAUAUUUUGUUGCCAAGACAACAAUGUGGCAGGCAGAGUACUUUGAUGUGUUACUCAUCAACUAAACUUCUUGCUGUGGUUAGCACUGUCACCUCAGUUAAAUUUGGCAAAGCCGUUCUGAAUCAGCCAUUUUACUAAUAAACUGUAUAUUACAUGAAAAGGACUGGGUUUCAGUUUUCUUAUAAAGAACUUUAUAUUGUAUAGCACAAAAUUGUCAUUCCAUUUGAUCAGAUUUAUUGGCAAUUUGUUUAUAAAAAUUAAAUAUGCUGAAAUUUUUUUUAGAGGUGGCUAUGUUGUUUAAACAUUUUCCUUUUGUUUUAAUAAUCCUGGAUCAUUGUGGAACUCAGCAACCUUUGUAUGGAAGUGUGAUUGGAUGCUUGUAUGUGUAUGUCAUAUCUUAUAUAUGAAUAUGAACUCUAUGCAGGUCUGUACACCUUAUAGACUAUAGACUAUAGUCUCCACUCACAGGCUGAGGACCGGCUCCCCAUAGGACGGUGUGCUGAGCCCCCUCCUGUAUUGCCUCUACACCUACGACUGCAGUUUGGCCCACAACAACAACAACCUCAUCAUCAAGUUUGCUGAUGACACCUCGGUAGUCGAACUCAUGUCAAGGGGAGAGAAAAAGGGAGACAGAGAGGAAGUCUUAAAGUUGGCAGCAUGGUGUUCAGAGAACAACCUGGCACUGAACACCAAGAAAGCCAAAGAGAACAUUGUCAACUUCAAGAGGCACAGCACUGACAUAGCCCCCUAUUCAUCAACGGUGACUGUGUGGAGAGGGUCCACACCUUCCGGUUUCUCCAUGCACAAAGACGGACAGAUGCAAAAAUAGUUUCUUCCCAAACGCCAUAACCACCCUGAACUCACACAUGCACUGACAACACAGUUUCACCCCCCAAUCCAAGGACUUUCCUCUAUACACAGAAUACACAUCUACCAUCACCACUGUGCAAUACUUAAUUUACAUGCAAUGUCCCACACUGUAAAUGUAUAAGGUUAUGUCUUUAUUUAUUUUUCCCCCCAAUUUGUAUAAUUGUACAUUUUAUUUAUUUAUUUUUGAAUACUGUUCAUAUGUAAAUAGUCACCCACCUUUUCCCACAUGUCUGCAUUGAGUAUGAGAUGCCCUGUAUCUUAUUGCACAUGUGUAUAGUGGCAAUAAAAGGCAUUCUAUUCUAAAGCUGGGUCAUGUAAAGGACAUGGAUGCAGAGCUCAGCAGAAAAUCUGCAACAGAAUUACUGAAAAAGAAAAAUUAUGGUGUUGCAACACCCCACUCAAGGUCUAGACCUCAACUGGAAAAAAAUGCUGUGGUAGAAACUUUACAGAGCUGUGCUGAAAUUAAUGCCCACAAACCUUAAGGAACUGAAGCCACAGUGUAAAGAAAAGUGGGCCAAAGAUCCUCCACAAUGAUGUGAAAGACUGAUAAAGUCCUACAGAGAUGUACUACUUUAUGUUAUUGCGAAAAGCAGAUCUAAUAGUUACUGAAUCAGAGGGUUCAUUGGUUUCUGUGGUGGUAAGUAAGCAGGGGCAAAUAUGUAGCAAAAGGGUCAGUAUUUUGAGGAACAGGAGGUUGUUUUUUCAGUGUUAAAAAAGGGAAACAGGAAAAAGAGAAAUCAGUUUGUGGAUGAGUUCAAAAUAUCAUUAUAUGAGUACAUUCCUUUAUUUUAUCCUGAUAAAAUAAAGAACAGCCUGAGAUGGACUAUGAAAAUGUACCUGAUACAUCAGCAAGAA